UCCGGCGAGCGCGUCCGCAGCCGCCCUUCCCCCCCACCGGUAGUGGCGAGUGGGUGAGUGGGCCCCCUUCUCUGCGACUCUGCCGCCCCGCCCCGUGACGCGGCCUGGCCCGGAGCCGCGAGUGGAGGCUGCACCCCUCCAGGUGGGUCCAGGAUGUCUCCCAAGUCCCAUGGCCUGGGGUCUUCCAGCGCGUCCGCCUAGACCUCCAACAGGCUAACAAGGCCCCAUCUGCCUGCGUACAGAGCCAUGUGGCAGGAAACAGGGGACAGAGGACAAGGCCAAAAAGAUGAGACGGAAGACCAGUCCCAGGAUUUAUCUCCAGUUCUGACGAUGAGUUAACGUAGUUCAAUUUUCUCAAACCAUUUUCAAGCCUUCAGAGUUCUGAAAGCAGCACAAACCAGACUGAGAAUUUCAAAACCACAAUACUUCCAAAGUGAGCAAACCAAAGAGACACUUUAAAACAAACACUACGAAAGCAAACCCAACCCAAAAGGCCAGUGCCAUCUUGGAAUCACAUCAAGACUUUGUAUGCAGCCUCCUGCAGGGAUCAACCCAUGCCGGCUUCCAUCUGUCUAACCUGGGGCCCAUUACCUGGACUGGACAUCCAUUCUGGGUCUCCGUCUUGCUUCACCUGAUGAAAGGCUCUAGUCUGGGGCCAUGCAGCUCUCUGGCUUCCUGGAAGGAAACCCUGAGAGGAAAUUCUUCGGGGGUGCACACUUCUCUGUUCCAGGGGCCGAGGGGGGCUGCAGGGUCCAGGAGCGGCAGCCUCUAUUACCAACAAGGGUAUGGUGACUUGUUCUCGCUGGGGACCUCUGGAAAUACAGAAAAAUCAGAGACCAACAGCUGAAGUCAGUUCUGCCUCUGUGCUUCUGUGCCUUCACCCCAACUGCAGAAAUGAUUAAAUCCCAGGGAUCGGUUUCAUUCACGGAUGUAACUGUGGACUUCACCCAGGAGGAGUGGGAGCAGCUGGACCCCUCUCAGAGAAUUCUAUACAUGGAUGUAAUGCUGGAGAAUUACAGCAACCUGCUUUCUGUGGAAGUCUGGAAGGCUGAUGACCAGAUGGAGAGGGACCAUAAAGACCCUGAUGAGCAGACGAGGCAGUUCGUAAUUCUUAAGAACCAGUCAGCAAUUGAAGAAAGAGGCAAUCUCUUUGGAAGAACAUUAAAUCUGAACACAGACUUUGUGUCAUUAACACAAGUUCCCUAUAAAUAUGAUUUAUAUGAAAAAACUUUGAAAUGUAAUUCAGACUUGCUUAAUAGUAAUAGAAGAUGUGUAAGAAAAAAAGGCGGUGAAUGUGGUGGAUUUGGAAAACCACUUUUGCAUCUGAAGCAAGAGAAAGCCCAUCCUGGAGUAGAGUACUCUGAAUAUAGUGAAAAUGGAAAAGCCAUCAGCCACAAAGAAGUCAUUUUUAAUCAUCAGAAAAUUAAGAACUUGGUUCAGCCUUUUAUUUGUAAUUACUGUGACAAAGCCUUCUCCUUUAAGUCACUUCUCAUUAGUCAUAAGAGGAUACAUACUGGAGAAAAACCCUACGAAUGUAAUGUUUGUAAGAAAACCUUCUCCCACAAGGCAAACCUUAUCAAACACCAGAGAAUCCAUACUGGGGAGAAGCCCUUUGAGUGUCCCGAGUGUGGAAAGGCAUUUACUCACCAGUCAAACCUCAUCGUACACCAGAGAGCACACAUGGAGAAGAAGCCCUAUGAGUGUAGCGAGUGUGGCAAGACAUUUGCUCAGAAGUUUGAACUCACCACACACCAGAGAAUUCAUACGGGAGAGCGACCCUAUGAGUGUAACGAAUGUGCAAAAACCUUCUUCAAAAAAUCGAACCUCAUCAUACAUCAGAAAAUUCACACAGGGGAGAAACGCUAUGAGUGCAGUGAGUGUGGAAAGUCUUUUAUCCAGAACUCGCAGCUCAUCAUCCACAUGAGAACUCACACAGGAGAGAAACCCUAUGAGUGUACUGAAUGUGGCAAAACCUUCAGCCAGAGAUCAACUCUUAGGUUGCACCUGAGAAUCCACACAGGGGAGAAACCCUACGAGUGUUCUGAAUGUGGAAAGGCCUUCAGCCGGAAGUCCCGACUCAGUGUCCACCAGAGGGUUCACAUAGGGAAUAGAUCCUGAAGCUGCAGCAAGGUUGCACUGUGGAAAACAUUUUCACCAGAAUCCUUCCAGUGGGGGACCAACCUUCAUGAAGGCACUGAAGGAACAUGGCAGUUCACGUGCAGAUACAGUCUAACUCAAAAGUUUAAGAAAAUGAGGCUCCCAUGCGAACAUUAUACUGCGAUUUAAUCUUCAGCUAAAAAACACAGAAUGCAUCCAGUGUAAAUACACUCACCUGCAAUAUUUUAGUAGCUGUCUUGCUUUGUUUUUGUGCUGCUGGGGAUCAAACCCAGGGCCUUGUUUGUGCUGGACAAAUGCUUUACCAUUGAUCUACACCACAACCCAAUGAGCUUUUUCAAGUCCUGAGUAAAUCAACUAUUCCAGGAAAUACAAACUAUAUGUGGACAGUGCCCUAGGUAUUUAUAUAUAAGAAUGUGCCACAGAACACAAAUUGUUUAAAAUCUGAAUAUGAAUUUAAUAGUCACUAGGAAUUUGAAAUUCUUCUGCGUGCAAACGUUUCCCAUACUAAACAUUACACAUGUGUUUCAGUACCUUUCCAACCCAGUAAGCUUUCCAAGUGAAAUACGUGACCGAUUUUAAAGUAGCAUGUAGCCCGUUUUUCCUACUGCUUGCUGCCAUAUGUCAGCUGGAGUGACCAUUGUUGAACAGCCUCUUCACUAAAGAGGAGAAGAUAUUGUUGGAGUCUUAACCUGCUUCUAGGUUUGAAGAUUUUCUAAAACAUUUAUAUAAACAUGCGAGGUCUGAGAUGAUGAAGAUGAAGUGAGUGAAAGGCAAAUUGUGCUCUAGGACUCUCGGCACUGUAUAUAUGUGGUUAAACUACAGAGUAAGAUUGUCAGUGCAGAGUACCCUCAGCCGUGCUUUUUUUUCUUUUUAACCUGUGAGGGGUUUACAUACAAAUGCAUGUCUAUUUCCAAAAUACUGUAUAGGCCAGAAAACUAUUUUUGUAUGUUUUCAUUUCCUCGUAAUGCUUUAUGAAUUUUUCUGCAAAACUUGGGUAGGGUGAAUUGCGUAGUCACAAAUGUUACAUUUCAGAGACGUCAGAAAAACACAACUGUUGAGAGUCACUGUUCAUUGGUUUUUAUAGUUUCCUUGUGUAUAAUUCGCUUUAGAAAUGAAUUGUUGCUGUAUUCUGUCAUUUAAAGGUAGUAUCUCUACUUAAAUUUCACUCUUGUCAACGUUCCCCUUUGGAACCUGACUUAGCUGUUACCUUUUCUUUCAGUGGUCUCUACAUAUGUUGGUGACUAACCCUUAAAAACUACCUUUUUCCAUAACUGAAAGAUUGGCAUUUUAGGCUUGAUUUCAAAUUCGCAAAUUCAGAUUUUUUUUCAUCAUGCAUUAGAAUUACAGAUGACAACCACAACUGGAUUUUUAUUUUUGAAGAUUAUUGAUUCUAUCUUUUAGCAUUGAGAAAAUACACUUACACACACAUGUAACUGCGGGUUUAGUGGUACACUCCUCUAAUCUUAGCCCGCUGGAGGCAGAGGCAGGUGGAUCUCUGAGAUCGAGGCCAGCCUGGUCCACAUAGUGAGUGCCAGGUGGGCUGAGACUAGGGAGACCCUGUCAGAAAACAAGCCCCCAUACAUACAUACAUACA